GCCAUCAUCAGCAUCAGCAUCAGUGUUGCUGCUGGUCUUGUUCUUGUUAUUACUGCCAUUGUUAUUGUUGUUGUUAUUACCAUCCCCAUCAGGCCACUUUGUGCAGCCCGCAAUGGCGUCUGGUAUAAAGCCAGCGUGGCAGGCCGUGGCGCGCAAAAAGCAACAGCAGCGCGAUGAAGUCAUGCAGAGAUUUGCGGACGCUGAAACGGCAGGAUCCGAGGCCGUGGGCUCCCGAGGCCCUUUUGCUGCUGGAGCUGCCCUGCCCAGCAGCAUCGACGCGGUUGCAACCGCCAUCUCGACAGGCGCGGUAACAGCCUCGCAGCUGCUGCGUGCCUACAUGGACCGCGCCAUCGCCGCCCACAAGCAGACCAACUGCCUGACCGAGAUACUCUUCGACGACGCCGUGCGCCAAGCCGCGCACCUCGACGCGCUCUUCAGCCAGCACGGGCGGCUCGUGGGGCCUCUCCACGGCGUGCCCAUGACUCUCAAGGACCAGUUCGACGUGGCGGGCUACGACAGCACCCUGGGCUACGUCGGGCGCGCCUUCCGCCCGGCGCAGCGCGACUGCGUGCUCGUGUCGAUGCUCAAGAGCCUGGGCGCCGUCAUCAUGGCCAAGACCAACGUGCCGCAGAGCAUCAUGUGGUGCGAAACCGACAACCCGUUGUGGGGCCUAACCGUCCACCCCAGGGCUGCCUCCUUCACGCCCGGCGGCUCGACGGGCGGCGAGGCGGCGCUGCUGGCGCUGCAGGGCUCCGUCGUGGGCUGGGGCACCGACAUUGGCGGCAGCGUACGCAUCCCCGCGCACAUGAACGGCCUGUAUGCCCUCCGGCCCAGCAGCUCGCGCCUGCCCUACCAUGGCGUCGCCGUGUCCACCGACGGCCAGGAGCAUGUUCCGUCCGUCGUCGGGCCGAUGGCGCGAAACAUGGCCUCGCUGAUACAUGUCACCAAGGCCCUCGUCGACGCCCGCCCCUGCCACGCCGACCCCAAGUGCUGCCCGCUGCCUUGGCGAUCCGACCUGCUCCAGCGCGCCCGCGCAACGCCCCUGGUCAUCGCCGUGAUGCGCGACGACGGCGUAGUCAGGUGCCACCCCCCCGUCGCCCGCCUCCUCGACCACGCCGUCGCCCGCCUCCGCGACGCCGGCCACGACAUUGUCGCGUGGGCCCCGGGCGAUCUGCACCAAGAAUGCAUUAAUCUCAUGGACCAAUAUUACACGGCAGAUGGCGGUGAGGACAUCCGCCGCGACGUCGACGCCGGUGGGGAACCCAUGAUCCCGCACGUCGACGCCCUCGUACACAGAGGCCGCGCCAUCUCGGUCUACGACUAUUGGCAGCUCAACAAGCAGAAGCUGAAACUGCAGAAGCGCUACCUCGACCAGUGGAACGCAACAAAGUCGGAAGCCACCGGCGCCCCCAUGGACAUUCUGCUGGCGCCCGUCAUGCCCCACUCUGCACUCCCACAUGGCAAGUGCCGCUGGGUUGGCUACACAAAGGUCUUCAAUCUCGUCGACUAUCCCGUCGUCGUCGUGCCCGCCGGCACCGUCGACCGCGCCCUCGACGCCGACGCCGCUGCACGGAUGCCCGACUAUCAGCCGAGGAAUGUCCUCGACGAGUGGAACUGGAACGCUGUUGACCUCGAUGCCAUGCACGGCAUGCCAAUAGGGGUGCAAGUCGUGAGUCGCCGGUUGCACGAGGAGACGGCCCUGGGUGCCGCCGAAGCUAUCGAUGUAAUCAUAAAUGCUCUGCUAAGGGACGGCCCAGACGCGGCUUCCCAUCCGAUUGCCUAGAAACUAAGACUUGUCGUGGGAGCUUGAUUCAUGCAGCCUCCCAGUCUAAGUAGGGAGCCACCGACUACAAUCUAGUACAUAUACACCUUGC